GCAAUGUUUUUGUUUGGAGGGAAACUCCUGUUCCUGUAGCACGACGGGAAACACCUCCCCUAGCGACAUAAAUCAUUUGUAUUAUCUGACGUGUUAGGCUCGACCAAUCACAGCGGACAGGGGUCAAGAGAAAAAUCCACGUGGGCUUUUCAAAGUCAUAAUUAGCUCCCUACCUACAGCGUUCUCGCGAGCAAGAAAACCUUUAAAAUAUUUGAAAAAAAUCGCGCGCGAGGUAAAAGUGGUAAAAUUUGCGCCCCACGAUUCUCUGAUUUGACUCACUUUUUCAGGACACAAGUCGGCCAAAGGGAUCCGAUCACCGCCCAAGCAAGACAAAGUUAGCCGUCAGACGACAGCCUCAGGAGCUGGCAAGUAUAUUCAGGACACUUUGGAGGAAGAGUCUGGCAACUUCUUUGUCGUUCUUUGCCCCGGAAAAGAUCGACUUCGCCGGAGAGCAUGCUCUGGGACUUCGGAAAGGGGCCGUUCGGGGAGGAUGUCAACAAAUGGCUGUGAUGAAUGAAUGAAGACUGAAUGCAUUGCGGAGAUUUUAUGAAUGGGAAUUUUUCCGAGUCCAAGGCUGGUGUAAUUUCCGUGGUGACCGGGGCAGUUUCCAGAUCAGCUGAUCGGGUUUGGGUCGGUUCCAGGUCGGCCCGUUCAACCAAAGAAAGCCUUCAAAAUUUUACCUGGAAUGCGGAAACAUUCGAUUUGGGAAUCCCCAGAGAAACCAAAAUAUAUGUAAACCUGCCCUAUCGGCCUAAAGCUGACACAUGCUUCAAAAACUUUGUUCUCACAAAGAGUUGAAGUUGUGAAUCUUGUAUUGCGGGGGCCCGUUUGGGAAAAAAGGGACGAAAAUUCCUGCAUAUUUUGAUUUGAGAUUUAAAUUUACAUGACAGAAAGCUUGCGGGGUCGUCUGUUCGCGGCGUGGGCUGCAGUGUAGACCGGCCGGUUCUGCAGCGGGUUUUCAGUGUGUGUGGCCUCGUGCGCCGCCGGAUACUGUUUCACAAGGGCUCGCCGCCAGUCACCGCGUGGUAGCUGCAGAUCUCUCGGGACAGGGCGCACUCACUCCCGAGCAUGGAGACGGACCCGGACCCAGGCACUGAACAGUACGAAAAAGUUGCCAAGAUCGGUACUGGAGCCUACGGGACUGUCUACAAAGCUAGAGACUUGAAAAAUGGGGGAGAGUUCGUAGCCUUGAAAAGGGUGAGGGUUCAGACUGGUGAAGAAGGCAUGCCGAUGUCCACCAUUCGAGAGAUCGCCCUCCUCAGACAAUUGGAGAGUUUCGAGCAUCCAAACGUUGUCAGACUCCUUGACAUCUGCCAUGGGACAGUAGCAGAGAAGGAGACCAAGCUGACCCUGGUGUUUGAGCAUGUGGACCAGGACCUGCACACAUACCUGGAGAAGUGCCCUGCACCUGGGCUCGGGCCCGACAGAAUAAAGGACAUAAUGCAUCAGCUGCUAAGUGGGGUGGAGUUUCUGCACAUGCACAGAGUGGUGCACCGCGACCUCAAACCACAGAACAUCCUGGUCACCAGUACCGGGCAGGUCAAGCUGGCGGACUUCGGCCUCGCAAGACACUACAGCUUCCAGAUGGCUCUGACAUCUGUGGUGGUUACACUAUGGUACAGAUCUCCAGAGGUGCUGUUACAGGCAUCGUACGCCACCCCUGUAGACAUUUGGAGCGUUGGCUGUAUAUUUGCAGAGCUACAUACUAGAAAACCAAUCUUCCAAGGGAAUUCAGAUAUAGAUCAACUAAAUAAAAUAUUUGAUGUAAUAGGUACCCCCAUUAAGGAGGAAUGGCCGGAGGAGGUGUCGUUGCCAUGGUCGUCCUUCCAGCCCCGCCCGGGCAUCCCGCUGGAGUCCCUGCUGCCUGAAGUAGAACCACUAGCAAAGGACAUGUUAGAAAAAAUGCUGUGCUUCAACCCCCACAGAAGAGUAACAGCGAAGGAUGCUUUGCAACACGCCUACAUUGUUGGGGAAGACGCAGCACAAGAAAGACUGCAAGAGGCCGCUUCGGCCAGAAGUCAAGCUGAACACACAUUUGAAACAAGUCCUGAAAAAUAAAGCUUACGUCUUCACUUCACCAACACCCAAUAUCUAUCAUAGAGUACUGUUGUUUGACUUGUAUUACAAAGUGUGUUAAAGAUAUACUUGUAUAAGUAAUGUCACAUGUAUGAGAAUUGCAUUAUUGGUAACUCUGUUUUAUAAAAGGCAAUACAGAUAAACAAGUGUGGUUCAAAGAGUGUUGUAUUUUGUUUGUAUUUUCUGGCAAAUUCAUACUUGCCUACUGUCUGUGUGUUUGUGUGUGUGUGUAAUAUGUGUGUAAUAUUCCUGAACUCCAUAAACUCUUCUUUAUUAGAUUUCUGAGUGGAAUAAACAGAAAUUUGCUGAACAUUGUGACUGUAUAGGUCAUCAUAAUGCACAUGUACGAUGUUGUCAUCUUUUCAAUUUUUGGGUCUGAGAUAUUUGGUAUAUAUUUGUACAAGCUCAACUGUUUUGAAUGUGCAGAAAAUAUUCCAGUUGAGUGAAGAUAUAGUCAAUAAAAUACUGGUCCAUGGACAAAUACAUACCGUUGUAUAAACUGAUGCAAUGAUAGCUCAAGUACUUAAAGUAUCAAUCCAUUUGCGGUGCUGUAUAAAAGAUUAUAUCAUAAACUUGACAAGUAAUUUUGCCCAAUAUUAAUAAAAAAUGACUAGCAAACAAAACUACAGAAUGUCCUAAUGCUGGAUAGUUGAGGGCUGAAAAUGAACUGAUGUAGAAAAGUGUAAUACAUGUACCAAGGCUAACAUUACAAUGUAAAAAAAAAACACCAUUCAGUAUUGCUUUCAAGCUUAAACUGCCAUGGGUACUGUGCUAUCUCACCUUUUCAUGGAUGGCCCACGACUUGUGUAUCAUUAGUAAUGACCAUGACAUACCUACCUGCAAUCCAUCCUUCUAGCUGCAAUCAGUAUUGGCCAGCCUUCAGCCAAUCAGAUUCUCCCCUCCUGUUGUUAGAGGGAAGCUACCAGCCAAUCACAUGAUCUCUUUAUGAUAAUCUGCUAUGUGAUUGGCUGGUAAUUUUCCUCCAACAGCAGGAGGGGAAGUAGCUGAUUGGCUGACAGAUUUUCAGUACUAUCUUAGCAAGAAUAAGGGACUUCAGGCCAGUUUUCUUGGGUCAUUGUUAGUGCUACACAAUCCAUGGACUAAGAUGAGAGUGUGUGUAAACAUAAAUUAGAACAUAAGAUAUUCAAGUUUUCUUUUACACAACCUCGUACUACAUAGGUCAGGUUUUUCAUUGCAGAAUGUAAUGUUGAAAAAUUCAAGAUGGUCUUUGAUAAUUUUAUUACUAAUCGUUCACACGGGCUCUCUCUCUCUGCCAGUCGGUCUAUAAGACAAAGGAGAUUUAAGUUAUGCCUAUAACCAUGAUAAGACCAUGAAUUAACUGCUCCAAAAUAUAGCAUGAAACAAUUGAUUUGCAAAUUAAAUUCAAGUUCAGUUAGAAUGCAAUCUUCCAAGUUCAAGUCCACAUACAAUCUUCAGGGGUCAAGUUUGUCUUCUGUAUUAUAAAUGUUGUCGCAAGUCAUCCAGGAAUAUGUUGUACUGUACAAUCUUUAUUUUUAUCACCAUGGUGCCACAAUUAUGUUGUAUACAUGAGGUAUUGGGGAAGAUGGAAAUGGUCCAAAGUUAAGGUUUUUUUUCAUUCUUUCACUGAUAAUUUGGUAUGUUGAGAAAAACAAUGCAAUUUUAAAAGUUUGCAGUGUGGUCCCAGUUUGGUCUUUUUUGUCUGUAGAUUUGACUAAAGCACCAAUUGUACUGUAUUCACCUGGGUUGUGCCCUAGCCUUGUUCAAGAAAGGACAUUAUCUAUAAUGUCCUUGGUUCAAGGAGGUUAUAGGGCUUUGUUCAAAGAUACUGUCAACAGAAAGUUACUACAGUGACUGGUGUGGAGAGCUUGGUAUAGUUCAAAGUUAAGUGUCAGGAGAGCUGGCAAAAUGGUUGCAGUGGGGUGCAGUUCAGAAGUAAAACUUAGAGGGCGCAUGUGCACAGCAUUGCAUGUUCAGAGUGGAUGCUGUAGCUUUGGGUUUGGCUUGUGCAUUGUUGGUUUGAAGGAAAUGGUGUGGUUUUAGGCUUCAAUGGCCCAGAUGUAGGAUAGGAACAAUCAAAGAGUCAAUGUUUUGGUCAUUUCCUUUGAAGUUUUCAAGUUGCAAAAAGAUCAUUAGUGUCAACUUAGAUUACAUUUUGACAAACUUAAAUCAGGGUACUUAUUUCCUACAGAUGUAUUUCAUUUUGAAUAUAAACAGAAGAGAUUUUGCACCUUUCAAUGCAAUGCAAAGUACAGUUCUCUGUCAGGUACAUGAAGGUUUACAAUCUAUCAACAUUACAUAAAACACCUAUAUUUUGUAUUGAAUGUAGUAAUAUUUUCUGUUGUAACGUUAGUUAUGUUUGCUGUGUUGUGCAGGGCUUUUUCUAGGGUCCUUCCCAGAACAGAAAUUUGCUUGUCGAUCCAAAAUCUGAACUGCAAGACAUGAAAUUGUACUUUCCUGAUCUUAGAAUGGCAGAUUUAAUACAAAAAGAACCAAUAAUGUUACAGAAAGAAAUCUAAGGCUCAAGACAGACCGGGUA